AUGGAGGGGAUUGUAGAAGGCUGUCUGGGGUUUCUAUACGAUCUGCUGCUGGUGGUCUGUGUUGGGCUGCUGGUUCUGCGGGUUGCUGAGGGCCGGUCGGUGAGGUGGUUGGUGCUGCUCGUGGUUCCUGGAGUGACGUUGAGCUGUUUGGUCCAUUCAAGUGCUCUUAAAGUAGGCCUUGUGAGUGUGCUGUGUAGUGGCAUCCACUAUGUAGGGAGAGAAGGGGUCAUCUUGCCUACCCAAAACAAGGCGGUACUGAUCACAGGUUGUGAUUCGGGUUUUGGUCAUGAUCUGGCCAGGUUUUUAGACAGCACAGGGUUGAGGGUGUUUGCAGGGGUUCUGGAUGAACUCAGUCCUGGAGCUCUGGAGCUUAAGAAAGCUGCAUCACCAAACCUCACCGUCCUACAGUUAGACAUCACCAACAGCAGCCAGAUCACACAGGCACACCAGUACAUCCAGAGCCAAACAGGUGAGACAGGUCUCUGGGCACUAGUGAACAAUGCCAGAGUGCUGGGAUACUUGUGUGAUGGAGAAAUUCUGCCAAUUAAAAUAUAUAAAAAAUGCUUAGAUGUGAAUUUUAUUGGUAGUGUGGAAAUUACACAAGUCUUUCUGCCUCUGAUACGGCAAUCAAAAGGACGACUCAUCAGUAUAUCAAGUAUGGCAGGAGAAGUUCCACUUUCUGGAUUCGCAGGAUAUGGGGCAUCUAAAGCAGCGCUGAUCUCUUUCAGUGGAGCCAUUAGACAGGAACUCUCACGCUGGGGAGUCACGAGAGGCUAA